AUGGCUGCUGUAAGUCAUAAAUGUCUGCUGGGAUUCAUCAUUCUCUGCUCACUUCUCACAGCCCUAAAGUCUGGACUACGUGAUGUCAUCAAAGUGUGGACUCUGAGGAGGACCACAAGUCCGGAGUGUGCCAUUUGGGACAGGGCGAUAGAGGAAAGGAACCACUUUCAGGGGGAAAAUAAGGGUCUGAUUCAGCUUGUCGAAGCAGGUUCAUUAGCUCAGUGGGUGAAGGUGGAGCCAGAAGUUGUGUCAUAUCCUGGUCAGACUGUGACAUUGCGUUGCCAGCUUACAAACCCGAGAAAUUUUCGGUUCACUCAGGUGUCAUGGAUCCUUGAACCGACCAAUGGAGAGCGGACAAACAUCGCUGUUUUCCAUCCACAGUUUGGGAUAAAUUAUCCAACCAAAUCCCCCGUAGCAGGGCGUGUCGGUUUUGUACUGAACCCACCCACUCUGGACAACCCAUCCAUUCAAAUCAAAGAUUUGAAGAUGACAGACGAGGGGCGAUACAUCUGCGAAUAUGCCACCUACCCUUCCGGCAAUGAACAGGGAGUGUCAUCACUGAUCAUGCUGGUCAAACCGAGGAACAUGGCUACUGCAUUCACAGUUACUGCAGGCAACACUCCGGUUGUCGUGGCACGUUGUGAAUCAUCCAAUGGCCGUCCUGCAGCAACCAUUUCUUGGUCCACCACGCUGAAUGGAAAUGCAACGACGCUGCAGAUGACAAACAAUCCCGACAACACGGUCACCGUCCAGAGCCAGUACAUGCUUGCCCCGCAGCCCGUGGAUAACGGCAAAGACAUCACCUGCAUGGUUUCACACAGCACCAUGUCCCAACCAGAGACCUUCCCCAUGAAACUCAUUGUUAAGCGUAAAGGACCACCGCCACCUGAAUGUUUAAACUCUACUAAAAUUGUCCAAGACCUCCUCGGGGUGGACACAUCUGUCCUGGAUGGCAUCCCUGAAGGUUUAGAGAGCAAAGCUGAACCAGAGGAACAGCAUAACACUGAACUUUCCCAGCAAUCUCAGGAAAAGCAGUUUCAACAUCGAAAGAACGCCAGCAGUACACCGAACAAGGCAGCAGCCAAAAAAACACAAAUAUCCUCUUCUGCCGUUACAAGAGAAGAAGUGCUGGAACUGCAGAUGGAAGUCUUACAGUUACAAAAGACCAAACUGCAGUUAGAGAUUGAAAAACUCAAAAAGGAGAAGGAAAAUCAAGAUCUUUACCACAUUAUUCUUAACAACAAACUUCUACCGCUACAAAGCGAAGGGAAAAUAACAAGCACAUCAAUUGAUGAAUAAAUACAUUUUUUGAAAGUUCUUAAAGUGUUGUGUUUUUAUGUAAUUAUGAGAACAAAUAAAAGUUUAUAUGCAAAAGCCACUAAACGCCACCUUUGCCAACGAGAUGUUUGUAAUGAUUGUAACCGAAUGCUCUUAACAGGUACUAUACGUUUCUUCAUGUACUUUAGUGUCAAAUCCACUUAAUUCACUUAAUGCAUUUUAGGCAUAUUGCUUUAUGCCCCUUCACUUCAUCCUGCUGUUUGAAGGCAGAAUACUUGUUGACAUGUUAAAACAUCCAUGUAGGCCACAAUAAUUUUGCAAGCCCUUGCGCAGAUCGCUGUGAAGACAGUGAAAUCUGUGUUUAAGCUGGCUGAUCGCCCUCUUAAUUACAGACUUUUUCCUGUGUCAAAGCGUUGUUUUAACAAGUCACAACGUAAAACAUAAAAAAAUCAAUAUGGCAACAUAUUGUUCACAUUACAUUAAAGUUUAAAAAUUUGAACUUUUUUAAAGUUAGUGGGCCCUAUUUUAACAAUCUAUGCGCAUUGUCAAAAGGGCAUGGUCUAAAUGGGCGUGUCCAAUUCCACUUUUGCUAAUUUAAAGCGUAACUAAACCCCUGGUCAGAGCCUGACUCCACCCACUGGCAAUAUUUGAAAAAUGCAAGAAAAGUGGGCAGAUCCCAACAGAGAUAGAGGGGACGAACUAAGCUUGUACCAAGUGUGUGGCGAGAUCAUAACAAGGACGUGGUGAGCUUGAACCUGAUUACGUCACAAGAUCAAGCAGUCACCACUGCAAACCCUCAGACAACAUCAACUAGAAAUGCAUCAGAAACUGAAGACCAUAAGACAUUCCUGAACUCAUUAUACAGAG